AUGUAUGAAGCCCAGGACCAGAUUAUACCCUCCGAAAGUUAUGGAGCUGGCUUGCCAGAAAGCUACGGCGGCAUCGGCCUCGUGGACGUGGCUCGCAAUCUCAAGCUGGCUCGUCGCUUUGGUGAGGUGAUCCUCCCGCCCUGCAUACUGCUGUUCAGGAACCGUCAGAUGUACAUGUUUGACCAGUCUUUUGACCAGGAGGACAUAGUUCAACGGAUUCGUGACUUUGUGACCAGUGGUUAUGCACUGGCGGAACCCCUCGACGUCCCCGAGCAUCGCGAGCGCCAACUUAACCUGGAGGCUUUCGAGGCGGGCCAGCAGGUGGACUACAAGACGGUGGGCUUUGCAGUGCUCAUGAUCGUGGGGGGUUUGAUGUUCCAAACUUGGGCCAUCAUGAAUAAGGACAAGUUCCGGCCAGAGCCGGGGACGCCGGAGGCUGCUGCUGCGGCUGCUGCCGCCACUAAAGCGGCGUCGGCGCCAUCGGCCUCGGGGUCUGAAAAGGAGAAGGCGCCGGCCGCCGGGGCAGCCGUGGCCGCCGCCGCUGCCCCUGCUGCCGGUGCCGGGUCCCCCUCUUCGGCCUCCAAGGGCGGGUCGGCCAAGGGCAGGGUUAAAAGAACCAAGGCGUCAUAA